GCAUGCGCUCCGCCCAUGGGACAAGGGGAGGCGGGCGAGGGGCCUGACGCCCGGCUCCGGCUCCUGCCUGUCACGCAGAGCAGGGGGCGGCGCCGCACGCGUUUGGAAGAGCCAGGGGGAGUGGCCUUCCCCGGGAGCCCCAGCUCGGGAGGAAGUGACAGCAGCAGCAGCGGCGGCGGCGAGGAGAUCUGGUGGCGCGCGCAACGGCGCGCGAAGAUACCCGUCGUACGCACGCGCCGACCGGCUCGCCCGCGGCCAGCGCAGGCGCAGGAACUAUCCUUGGAGCGCACGCGCGGGGGGUCGCGGGGGCUGCUGUCUCUAGCCGCCAUGGAGCGGAAAGUUCUAGCAUUGCAAGCCCGGAAGAAGCGGACUAAAGCCAAGAAGGAAAAAGCCCAGAGAAAGCCAGAAACCCAACAUCGAGGCCCUGCUGCCCAUUCAGAGAAUGAUCUUCCUGAACAAGAAGAGGAAAUCCUGGGAUCAGAUGAUGAUGAGCAGGAAGAUCCCAAUGAUUACUGCAAAGGAGGCUACCAUCUUGUUAAAAUAGGGGAUCUAUUCAAUGGAAGAUACCAUGUGAUCCGGAAGCUGGGAUGGGGACACUUUUCUACAGUGUGGUUAUCAUGGGACAUCCAGGGGAAGAGGUUUGUGGCAAUGAAAGUUGUAAAGAGUGCUGAACACUACACAGAAACAGCAUUGGAUGAAAUCAAACUGCUGAAAUCUGUCCGCAACACUGACCCAGACGACCCAAACAGAGAGAGAGUAGUUCAGUUAUUAGAUGACUUCAAAAUCUCAGGAGUAAAUGGUUCCCAUAUUUGCAUGGUGUUUGAAGUUCUGGGGCACCAUCUUCUGAAAUGGAUCAUCAAAUCAAAUUAUCAGGGUCUUCCACUACUCUGUGUAAAAAGGAUCAUCCACCAGGUUUUGCAGGGACUGGACUAUUUGCACGCCAAGUGUCGGAUUAUCCACACUGAUAUUAAACCAGAGAACAUUCUGCUGUGUGUUAAUGACCAGUAUAUCCGCAGGCUGGCUGCAGAAGCAACAGAGUGGCAGAGAUCUGGAGCCCCCCCUCCUUCUGGCUCUGCAGUGAGUACUGCACCACAGCCCAAACCAGCUGACAAAAUGUCGAAAAAUAAGAAAAAGAAAUUGAAAAAGAAACAGAAACGACAAGCGGAGCUGCUGGAGAAGCGAAUUCAGGAAAUUGAGGAGAUGGAGAAGGAAGCCAUCCCACUGCAAGCAGAGCCUGAGGAGCAGCAGGAGGAGCAGCAAGAAAUUCCACAGCCACUUGAGCUGCUCUUAAAAGAGAACCCUCCAGAUGAAGAGCUGCCAGAAAAGACAGAUGACAUUUCCCUUGUAUCAGAGCAAGCUGUCUUAAUGGAAGGAGUUGAAAAAUGCAUAACAGAGAUCAACUGUAAUGGAGUGAUGCAAAUGGCUACCUUCUCAGAGUCCAUCAACCAAGUGUCAGUGAGACUCGAGGAAGACCUUCACAAUGCCAAUGAUUGCAGCAGGCCCUCUCAGGAGCAGGAGGAGGAAGAAGAGGAGGAGAGCUGUGCUUACAACCAAAGUAAUGGUGGCCCAGAGGCCAGCAUACAGGAAGCAUUAUCAGACUCCUGCGAGCCCUUAAUUUCGGAGGUUGCAGAUUCAAUGAUAUGCCAAGCAACUUCAAGUGACGGACAGUAUUUUAGUGAACAGCAGAUCAGCCAUUUGCAAGAGAGCAUCAGGGCAGAAAUCCCUUCAGAGGAUGAGAAUGAGAAUAAUGAGUCAUCUGAGAACAGCCAAGGAAAAUCGGCUGCUGGAAAUUUCCUCCUUAAUCCUCUUGAGCCUGGGAAUGCAGAUAAGCUCAAAGUGAAGAUAGCUGACCUAGGAAAUGCUUGCUGGGUGCAUAAACAUUUCACUGAGGACAUUCAGACACGGCAAUACCGAUCCUUGGAAGUACUGAUUGGAGCCGGUUAUAGCACCCCAGCUGAUAUUUGGAGUACAGCUUGCAUGGCCUUCGAACUGGCUACGGGUGACUAUCUGUUUGAGCCUCACUCUGGAGAAGAUUACUCAAGGGAUGAAGACCAUAUUGCAUUAAUCAUAGAACUUCUGGGGAAAAUACCUCGCAAGCUCAUUGUGGCUGGAAAAUACUCCAAGGAGUUCUUCACCAAAAAAGGUGAUCUGAAGCACAUCACCAAACUGAAGCCAUGGGGCCUUUUUGAAGUUUUGGUGGAGAAAUACGAGUGGUCCCAAGACGAGGCAGCUGCAUUCACAGACUUCUUAUUACCUAUGCUGGAACUGAAUCCUGAGAAGAGAGCUACAGCAGCACAGUGUCUCAGGCACCCCUGGCUCAACUCCUAGAUGUAUUGGCCCUAUAACCGGGUUUACAGCAUAAUAUAUACACACCUAGAUGUCCCAGCUGCCCCUUCCCUCUCCUCCCAGGUCAAUUUUUUCCUUGUUGAUUUUCAGAGUGAAGCUUCUCCUUGAGGGCUUUUGAGAUUUUAGAUAAAUCUAACCGUUCAUGUGAGUUUGUGUACUCGACUCAGUAGGGACUAUUGUCAGCCAGUGGGCGUCCAAUAUGUUUUGCCGUGAUUGGAGUUUGCCAAAGAGUUUUUACAGGAAUGUGAAAAUGACCCCUGACUCUCUUCCUUACUCAAGUACCUAACCCUGAAGGUGUGGGGAAAUCUCCAUUGGGACACACUCCCUUAACUAUAUUGCCGUCAUCCCAAGGGGGAUGUGAAGAGCUGUGAAUCCCUCCUUAGCUCACUGACUCUGGGAGUCAUUUUCUUAGUGCACAUCCAGUUGCUGACAGUAAGAGAAGAAAUGGCAGAUGGCACCAAGGUGGUAGCUCCAUGUGGAGCACUGAACUCGACUCGACUCAUUCCUAAGGUGUCUGCUCUGCUGCUUGGGUAACUUUCUUUUUUGCUCAUUAUUCUUUUUCUCUAGUUUUAGCCAUUUAAUCCUUUGAAACGACCUCUUAUGAACUGUACCUCUCUUUUUUUAGCACCAUUUUUUUGACCCCUCCAUGUUCACUUGAGUUUCUGAGUCCCUUGAAAUGAGCUGCUCUCCAAAGCCGUAGCAUGUGAACCCCUAGUAAGUUUCACAUGGAAAAUAAAGGCAGCCGGCAUUGGUAGAGGUCACUGUCUCUUUACAAGUAUGGCUCUGUGCAUUUGUUGGCUGCAGAGGGGCAGCCAGGUUGCCCAGGUUCAGUGCCAGACUUGCCCAACAUGCAGCCCCAGGCAAUACGGGGCUUGCCAACAGUGUACAGUGGCCCAAAAGGCAUUUGACGAUGGCAUGGUUUAUGCUACAAAAGCCAGGAGGUGAUCCAGCCUGUGGCAGACCACUUUUUCCAUAGGUCUCCCUUAUGCCCCCAGGGGCCUUGUUGGCCUUGUGUGAAAUUGUCUUUUUAGGAGAGAGCAGUUACAUUUUCAGUCUGGAAAAAUAGGAUAUGUUCUUCCUAUUCAACAAUAAGGAAAGAUAAUAUUGGGGGCUGCCUUUCCAGCUGUGCCCAGACUAUCAAUCACCCUAUUUCCAAAGGUUAAUGAAUGUAAUGAUAUAUAUACCCUGUUAACUGUCCAAGGUGCUGGACUCUAGAAAUCCCCUUUCAAAUAGAAUUUCUUCCUAUGUAUUAACAGCAGAACAAAUAAUCUAGGGGAACAGAGUAGUUUGAAUCUUCCCCACCCACCCCUAGAGAUGAAGUGUCAAAUUCUGUUCUCCAGAAUCAUUACAGCCAUUGUUGCUCAGCAGAGAAUAUACAACGCAAGCUUGUAAAACUCCUAGGAAAUGGGGUUAGUUGUGACUGACUCUUGUAGGCUUUUUAUUUUAUUAGAAAGAUAUGUAACUCUUGCUAGUUUUACAAUGAGUAUCUCCUAGGUUUUCCCAGGUUUGUUUGUGGUUGUUUUUUUUUAAUCCCCAGCAUCUCGCUCAAAUGUAAGGUUUGGAGACUUCCCAUGGACCAAAUAGGCCUUUGAGAUUGCAAAAUUCUCCCAGGCUGGAAACUGCUGGAGGACUCAGAAUUGAAGGCACUCUGAGGGACAAUUCAAUGCAAAAGCUACCAGCAGGAAAACACUCUUCUCGGUUGUUUUCUCUUGGCAGAAAUCCCAGUUUAUAGUCAUCUUAAACCCUCGUUAUCCUUUGCAAAAAAAAAUCUGGUGCAGUUUUAUUUUACUUUAUCUUAAAUGGAAGUUUAACCAUCAUACCUCCUUCACUUUCAAAUUUGGCUGCACUGUCAUAUUAUACCUGACUGAGGCUUUUGCAAAAUCUGUGCUGCAUGUCCAUUUAGGAGAUCUUAAGCAAUGUUCUCUUUGUACAAUCUUAAGAUGAAAAGGAAAAGGUUCCAAUAGUUUUAAAUGAUACUCCGGUUAUCUAAAGUAUCUUCUUCACCUCCAAGAAGCACUUCUUUGCUUGACUGUAAGGAUCAAAAUAGAAUGUAUAAAUACAUACUUUCUUUUUGAAUACUGUGAAAACUUGCUGGCAGGGAGAAUUGAAUUUCCGGUGUCAAUGCAACCUAGUUUGCAUCAACAUCUUGCCUACCUGAAUGGAACAAAAUGCUCCUGGGUGUGGGGGGCUGCAUCUCUUGGGUUUUGAUAUAUGUUCCCCCCCACCGAAGAAGGCUGCUGCCACCUCUUUUGCACUAAGAGAGAAGUUCUAGGAUAAUACAAGAGGUAGCUUGUCAGGAUCGCCUACAUAUUUGGGGGCUCACAUUGGAUUCACUCAACUUCCAAAUUGCCAUAAAGUGCUCACUAACAGAUUUGUACUUGUUUUGUCGUUCUAAAACCUGAAGGAAAAAAUACAUUUUUAUUCUUUCUA